AUGGCCGGCGGAAUCCCCCUAACCACCACCCCCCUCAGCAGCGGAUUCCUCCGCGGCAGCGCGCUCAUCCUCCCCCUCUCCCUCGUAAUAUCCCUCUUCUUCCUCUGGGGCUUCUCCUACGGUCUCCUGGACGUCUUAAACAAACACUUCCAAACCGUCCUCGACAUAACCAAACUCCAAUCUACCGGUUUACAAGUCGUCUAUUUCGGAGGCGGAUAUCUUCUCUUCUCGCCUAUUGCUGCGGAAGUCAUGAAGCGCAAGGGUUAUAAGAUUACUAUCUUGAUGGGUCUUUCGCUUUAUUCACUUGGUGCUAUUAUGUUCUGGCCAACCGCCCAUUUCUCCACAUACCAAAACCGCAUCGCUUCAUUUGGCGGAUUUUGUGCCUGUACACUAGUGAUCGCAUGCGGACUCGCCACGCUCGAAACAGCCGCUAAUUCCUACGCCGUCGUAAUCGGGGACCCAGCAUCGGCAUCCGCGCGUCUCCAAUUCUGUCAAUCCUGGAACGGCGUCGCCUCAUUCAUCGGCCCCUUGAUCGCAGGAAAAUAUUUCUUCACCGGUGAAAAUGCCCACAAUCUAACUAAUGUACAAUUUGUGUAUCUCGCCGUCGCAUGUGCUGGAGCCGCCAUCGGGGUGCUCUUCCUCGUUGCUAAACUCCCUGAAGUUUCGGAGGAAAUGCUCGAAUCGAGUACUGUUAAAACCGAGAAUUUCGCUUUGGAUGAAUUCGGGAAUGAAAUCGGUCAAGGACCGAUUUAUAAGCAAUAUAACAUGAUAUUCGCAUUUAUUGCACAAUUUUGCUACGUUGGUGCUCAAGUAACCGUUGCUUCAUUUUUUAUCAAUUACGCUACGGAAAACGCGACAUAUUCCUCCUCUCAAGCAUCCAAUAUGCUUUCCUACGCCUUAAUUACCUUUACGGUUGGAAGAUUCAUCGCUACCGCUCUCGCGACAGUUUUCCAAGCUGAUUUCCUCAUGAUGAUUUAUGCUAUUUGCGCUAUAGCUUUUACAGCCGUUGUAUCAGCAUGGCAUGGAAAAGGCGCAGUGGUAAUACUUAUUCUUCUCUUUUUCUUCGAAGCUCCUAUGUAUCCCACGCUCUUCACACUGGGCACUGCGAAUCUAGGUCGUCAUACGCGGCGUGGAGCGGGGAUUCUCGUCAUGGGUGUAUCGGGCGGAGCGGUAUUUCCUCCGAUUCAAGGAGCGAUUGCUGAUUCGGCGGGUACGAGGAUCUCGUAUGUGGUUCCCCUGGUCGGGUUUGUGUAUGUGUUGGGUUAUGUGACGGUUCAUUGGGUGAGACAUGGGAGGUGUGUUUUGAGGGUUAAGAAUGUAGUUUCUGUGGGGUUUGAGGGCGGUGCUUUGGGGGGUGUGGUGGAGAAUGUUCAUUAUGAUCGGGGUAAGGGGAUGAGUGUUGAGCAGAAGGAAACUAUUUGA